CGCUACUGUGUAGAGGCAUAUAAAUGAAUCUAAAAGUCAAUUAAGUUCCUGUCCCCACUCACUUUUUUUGUAGUUCCGGUAGUUUUGCAAAGAACCUUUUCGAUACAAGCCUUGCUAUUCCACUAUCUACUCGUGAUUUACGUGUUACUGGCUCACAGCUAUGCUCUGGAUUAAUAAAAUUUCGGAUCAUAUUUUCGAGUCCUUCUCCUGCACAGCCCUCUACCAAAAAACGGCAACGGAGGACGGCAGCACUAUUGUUGCUUCGCAAAAACAGUGCGUCCACAAAAAUAACAUUAAACCUUUUGGAAUCUACAUCUGAUUGCAACGCUUCCACACUUUCCAGUUGUAAACAGUACGGUAAAGUAAGUUGCAUACAAUGCAUGAUUAUCCAAGUCAAAUUAGAUCUGGGAGUAUGCGUUUGCGGAGAUCGAAAAGCAUGCUCUUUUGAUUAUGCCGUCGGAGGAAUGUUAAGUUCCGGCAUUCUAAAACAACUUCCUGCUGGUGUUUGCUUUUUCGCCAGGUACACAAAAUGGGCUUUUCAAAGGUUGCGUCAUCUUCAGCUCUGUUGGAGAUGGAACAACACGACGAUGCUCUCGCAAAGAUUGCGAACACGAACACAUCGCGACAAUUUGAACUAUCCGCGACCGACGGAACCGAAAUGUCUCAUUCCACCCUACAAGCAACCACUAUUCCCUCAGUAAACCGUUAUGACUUGAACCGGAUCAGUGUCAUCGGUUCUGGAAAGUUUUGCAAUGUCCAUUUGGUUUCUGGCCCGUCUUCGUUCCGCUCCGAAUCAUCGUCAUCUUCAGUGUCCUCCGAUCAGGACACUGAAAGCAACGACGACCAGAGCCUUCCUGCUCGCUCGCUCUAUGCCUUCAAGUCGAUCGAUCCUGAAAAAUUACGCAGUGCCGACGAUCUGACCAUUGCAACAACCGAGUUGGCCACCGAGGCAAAAAUGCUGUCUCAACUCGACCACGAAAACAUCAUCAAGUUGCGAGGGAUUUCUUCUGAAUCCUUUUCAAAAUCGUAUGCCGACGGCGACGGCUACUUUUUGGUGAUGGACGUUCUUACGGAGACGCUGAAUGAUCGAAUUCAGCAAUGGCGAAGGCAGAAAAAAAUGAAGGAACAAGGCCGACAAUCCAGCAGGGGUCUGUUUAUAAGAGCUCGAAGAUCAUCUAAAGACUUCCUUCGCAACUCAUUUUCAAAAGUUUCGUUUAGAUCAGCCCGCCGCUUGAGUUCGGAAGAAAAACCAAGAAAGUCAAAGAGCACUGGCGACUUCAAUGAUCUACUAUCGUCGCAGAGACGUAUGUAUAGUCGCAUUGGGGAAACCGUCCUAGGGAUCGCCACAGGGAUGGAAUACCUCCAUUCCCACAAUAUAGUACUACGUGAUCUCAAGCCUGCCAACAUCGGUUACGACGACGUCAUCGAUGGAAGUUGUUACAGCAGCAACGAAGCAAACAAACUCGUGCAAAGCAGGGUCAAGCUUUUCGAUUUUGGUAUGGCCCAGAAAGUGGAGGAAUGCAACCCCGAUGAGGUCUGUGGCUCGUUGCGAUACAUGGCACCGGAAGUAAUGGCCGGCAAAGGGUACAGUCUUGCGGUUGAUGUCUACUCAUUUGGCGUCAUUCUAUUUGAAAUGUGCUCUUUGAAAGUUCCGUUUGCCGAUUUCAACGCCGGAAAACGAAAAAAUAAGAGGCGAAACAUCGGUAACAGAAAACAGGGGGGGGGACAAUCAAACCUAAGCCACCCAUCGUCGUUGUCUCUCACGCUUGCUGUUGAGAAGAGGAGGAUAGCCGAUUUUUACAAAGGUAUUUCUUUUUACGGCAUUACGCAGAUGAACGAUGACCUCGAAAAACUUAUCCCAUGCCCCUCCAUUCGCAAUUUAAUCGAAGAAUGCUGGGAUGCAGAUCCGAAAAACAGGCCGUCAUUCCAAGAAAUCAAUCAAAGGCUUUUGGUUAUCCUCAAUAGAGAAGAUGCUGCUACAGCCAAAACAUAUUCUUGCGGUGCCUCUUGCGACUAUAGAGAUAACUCGGUGGUCACAACCGAAAAUGAAGUGUAUUCGAUCUCUGAUCAUUAAGUUGACCAACAAGCCAGGCCAACAAGACCAAAAUGAACGCGUCGCUAAAUUCCGAUCGAAGGAUACAUUUCGAUUCACGCAACUUUUUCUCUCUCUACAAAGAAGAAACGACGAAUGCUACCGUACUACUCUAAAUUUUCCGUUCCAACUUUUCAGUCACAAUUUUUUCCGGUGCAAAAUUUAUCGAACAAAUUUUCUUUCCUUUGGUCCCUCAUGGAGCACUGUGCUACGUUACUGCUGCAAAAUAAUGCGAACACCCUCACACACGCAGCACAGUAUUGGUUUCGGACACGCCCACCGUACAUGUUCUUUCCAACUAAAUUUUAAUAUCUUAG